AUGUAUGUGAAGGAUUUUGAUGACGCCGUCAGACAAGUGGUUGAUCUUUUGUAUGAAAGCGAUGGUACUGCAGAAGGCAAAAUUAAAACAUUCUUGCUUCGUGGUUGGUUCGACGGGAGUGCUCGUCGGGUAUUGGGAGGAUGUGCUGUUCUUAGAGCUAUAGCGAAGCUUCUAAAAUCCACAACAUGUGAUGAUUCUGACAUGAGAAAGCACUUUGACAGAAUUAUCCAUGUGGACUGCUCCCUGUGGAAAAGCAGCAGGACCAUGCAGAGGACAAUAGCGGAGGAGUUGAACCUUCGCCAUGUAAUGCACAUAUUUGAUAAGGAGGAUGAAGAUGAUGAUUUCAGAGGAGUAGACAACAGCUCUAGAAAAGUGAUACCAAGGAUCGCAAGUUUGAUUAAUAAGUCUCUAAGAGAUGAAAGAUUUCUGAUGAUUUUUCAUAAUGGAGGAAGUGAAGAUAUUGAUCUCCUAGAGUCUGGCAUUCCUCUUUACGGUGAAGGUAAAUUGUUAUGUACCUAUGGUGGAAGAUUUUUGGAGGACAAGUGGAAAGAAUUCAAGUUGUUGCACACUUAUGAUAUUUAUAUUUAUCCGGCGGCAUAUUAUUAUACAAAUAUUGCACCUCAUAUUGAAAAUGUAUUGCACAAAGAAGCUGCUGGAGUGAUUGGUGACACCGGUAUGGAUGGCAUCAAUACAGAAACAGUUUUGGAUUGCUUCUUGUACUCAUUAUUCCUAACAACACGACUACCUGAAAACUUUACUGGUGUUGACUAUGGUUGGGCGACUCAUGCUUGUAACUACUGGAUAUGUGAUGGAAUCCUUGGUGAGGACAAAACAUGGGAUAUUGGCAAUACAUUGUAUCAUGUGAUACCAAUGUUGGGCAAUUCUACUUACGAAACAAGACGUUUGGCAUCCUAUUUGGAUGGACAGAAAAAACCCUAUGUGGGCUGGUAUUCAGUCACCUCCAACAAACUAAGGGCAGAAGAUAUCUCUAAUGUUCCUGGCAGUGCAUCAUCAUAUUUCUUAACAUUUCAGGGAGAUGAUCCAGCAUAUGUACGUAAUGAUUUGUUUCAACUAGCCAGCAACAACCUCCGUGUGCUAAAGCUCUACAACUGCAGCUUCACUUUUGCAUCUCCUCCUUUUCAGUGCUGCCACAACCUAAGAUUCCUUUGGCUUGACCAUUGUGCAAACACUGGGAAGAAGCAAAGUGGAGGGCCAAGUUUUCUGAACCUGCUGGUGCUUGACAUACGUUUCACAGAUUAUGUUUUCUUGCCUCAGAUGAUUGAACUGAUGACCAAUCUCAGGGAGCUAAAUACAAAGGGGGUCUCAUGGAAGCCUGCAAGUCAUGCAUGGAAAAAGCUACAGAAGCUUCAGAAGCUCCGAUUAACAGAAUCUUCAGAUGUGGUCACGGUGGACAGCUGCUCUUCCGUAGAUAUGAUGAACCUGGAGCUCCUUGACUUGUCAGGAAACACUCACCUGGAACAUUAUCAUCCGCAAGAAGCCUGA